AUGUCGCUUUAUAAAGAUCUAACGUUACCAAACGGUGUUAGAUAUUCGCAGCCAAUUGGCCUUUUCAUUGAUAAUCAAUGGGUUGCAUCGAGUUCUGGAAAGACCUUCGAGACUGUAAACCCUUCAACAGAGGAACCGAUAGUGAGCGUCUAUGAAGCAGAUGAACAUGAUGUUGAUAAGGCAGUUUCCGCUGCUAAAGAGGCUAUGAAGACCUGGCGAGAUGUUCCCGGUGAAGAAAAGGCUCAGAAAAUGAUCAAGCUAUCCUUUCUUGUCAGAGAGAACUUGAAGUUAUUGGCUAGUGUUGAGGCCGCUGAUUCCGGAAAGCCAUAUGAAACUAAUUCCAAAGGAGAUAUCGAAAGUGUUGCCAAUUAUCUUGUUUAUUGUGCCGGUUUUGCUGACAAACUACACGGUAAGAUGAUUCCAAUUGCCAAGGAUAGAUACGCAAUUACUAAAAGAUAUCCAUUGGUUGUGGGUCAAAUUAUUCCAUGGAAUUAUCCAUUAUCCAUGGCAAGCUGGAAAUUUUGUCCUGCUUUAGCCUGUGGUUGUACUAUAGUGAUAAAGUCCAGUGAAUUGACACCAUUGUCGUUGCUUGUGUUUGCUGAUUUAGUGAAAAAAGCUGGCUUUCCUAGCGGAGUGUUCAAUGUAGUCAGUGGCUUCGGUGCUUCUGCUGGAAACAGGAUUGCUGAGCAUCCAGAUUUGGAUAAGGUUGCAUUCACAGGUUCCACCGCUACAGGACAAAAAGUAAUGAAAAGUGCUACUUCUAAUUUGAAGCAUGUGUCUUUAGAGUGCGGUGGUAAAUCACCAUUACUUGUCUUUGAUGAUGCGGAUUUAGAACAAGCUGCAAAAUGGGCAUCAUUUGGUAUGAUGUACAAUUCUGGCCAAAACUGUACUGCAAAUUCCCGUAUUCUAGUCCAGGAUACAGUAUACGACAAAUUUAUUGAUUUGUUCAAGGUGGAAAUAACAAAGAGUUGGAUCGUUGGUAACGUAUUCGAUGAAAAGGCUACGUUGGGGCCAGUUAUAUCCAAGGGUCAGUACGAUAAAAUCAAACGUUACAUCACGAAGGGUAAGGAAGAAGGAGCAAAAAUGAUCCUCGGAGAGGAGAGAGAACAAUUAAAUAGCUUGCCUGAUAAAGGUUACUUCAUUCCUCCUACCGUCUUUAUUGACUGUAAACAGGAUAUGACUAUAGUCCAGGAGGAGAUCUUUGGUCCAGUAGUAGCCAUCUCCAAGUUCUCUACAGAUCACGAGGCAGUAGAGAAGGCCAACGACUCCAUUUACGGCUUGGCGGCCAUGGUCUUUUCGCAGAACUUCCAAAGAGUUCAAACUAUAGCAGACCAGCUCGAAGCAGGAUCUAUUUAUUUGAAUUCAUCCAAUGAUGAAGAUAUCAGGGUACCAUUCGGAGGCUUCAAGAUGAGUGGUAUUGGCAAGGAACUCGGUGAAGAUGCCAUUGAUUUGUACACGGAAACCAAGAGUUUCUACAUGAAUGUUGGACAUAGAAUAUGA